AUGAGUGUGUCACUGGUCGUCAUCCGACUGGAGCUCGCCGACCAGUCGCCCCUCCCCCGCGACUUCGGCUUCAGCGCGGCCGCUAGGGAAAUGUCUGAUGAGGAAAUCAAAGAAAAAACUCUAGCUUCAGCUAAGGGCUAUUUAGAAGGAAAAGUACCAGUGGAGAAGGUGGCGAUUAUUCACCAACAUUUGGGCCGGCGAGAAAUGACAGAUAUGAUCAUUGAAACCAUUAAAAAUAAUCCAGAUGAGGUAAAGGCUACAAUGGAAGAAAGAAAAUCUUCAGAGGCAUCGUCCACUCCUGAGAAAACUAGAAAUGGACAUCAGAGUAAAGAGUGCCUAGAAGCUGCUCCAGAUUCUCCUUCUAAACAACUUCCGGACCAGAUAUCAUUCUUCAGUGGAAAUCCAUCUGUUGAAAUAGUUCAUGGUAUUAUGCAUCUGUACAAAACAAAUAAGAUGACCUCCCUAAAAGAAGAUGUGAGGCGCAGUGCCAUGCUGUGUAUUCUCACAGUCCCUGCUACAAUGACCAGUCAUGACCUAAUGAAGUUUGUGGCCCCAUUUAAUGAAGUAAUUGAACACAUGAAAAUCAUCAGAGACUCCACUCCAAACCAAUAUAUGGUGCUGAUAAAGUUUAGUACACAGGCUGAUGCAGAUAGUUUUUAUAUGGCAUGCAAUGGCCGGCAAUUUAACUCCAUAGAGGAAGAUGUUUGCCAGUUGGUAUAUGUGGAGAGGGCUGAAGUGCUGAAAUCUGAGGAUGGUGCCAGCCUGCCCGUGAUGGACUUGACAGAGCUCCCAAAGUGCACGGUGUGUCUGGAAAGAAUGGACGAAUCAGUGAACGGGAUCCUCACUACGUUAUGCAACCAUAGCUUUCAUAGUCAGUGUCUGCAGCGCUGGGAUGACACCACAUGUCCCGUUUGCAGAUACUGUCAAACGCCUGAGCCAGUAGAAGAAAAUAAAUGUUUUGAAUGUGGUGUUCAAGAAAACCUCUGGAUUUGCUUGAUAUGCGGCCAUAUAGGAUGUGGACGGUAUGUAAGUCGACAUGCGUACAAGCAUUUCGAGGAAACACAGCACACCUAUGCCAUGCAGCUAACCAAUCACCGAGUCUGGGAUUAUGCUGGAGAUAAUUAUGUCCAUCGGUUGGUUGCAAGUAAAACAGAUGGAAAGAUAGUGCAGUAUGAGUGUGAGGGUGAUACUUGUCAGGAAGAAAAAAUAGACGCCUUACAGUUAGAGUACUCCUAUUUACUAACAAGCCAGCUGGAAUCACAACGAAUCUACUGGGAAAACAAGAUAGUCCGGAUAGAGAAGGAUACAGCUGAGGAAAUUAACAACAUGAAGACUAAAUUUAAAGAGACCAUUGAGAAAUGUGACAAUCUGGAGCAUAGGCUGAAUGAUCUACUGAAAGAAAAGCAGUCUGUGGAAAGGAAGUGCACUCAGCUGAACACUAAAGUGGCCAAACUCUCCACCGAGCUCAAAGAGGAGCAAGAAAUGAACAAAUGCCUGCGAGCAAACCAAGUCCUUCUGCAGAACAAGCUCAAAGAGGAGGAGAAAACGCUGAAGGAAACCUGCGACCAGAAGGACCUGCAGAUCACAGAGCUCCAGGAGCAGCUGCGGGACGUCAUGUUCUAUCUAGAAACCCAGCAGAAAAUCAAUCACCUGCCAGCUGACACGCGGCAGGAGAUCCAGGAGGGACAGAUCAACAUUGCCAUGGCCUCUGCAGCAAACUCCUCCUCCUCCGCGGGAAGCUCUGGAAAGCUGCCCUCCAGGAAGGGCCGGGGCAAGAGGGGCAAGUGAGCCUAUAAUAAGCCAUGUAAUGGGGGAAGGACAAGUAGUGUUCCUGUCACCAAAGAGCUGGGGUGGAACACCGCCUGACUGUGAGGUUAGAGACUGAAAAAGAACAGCAAGAAAAGAUCAACUUGAAGCUGUUUGGGUCUUUCUUUUCCUAAAGCUGUAUACCUGUCUAGUACCUUAUUUAAUAAGUAUAGGGGUUUCUGACCGGGAAAACUAAGGGGAAUUGGCAGUACUUAAAAAGUGGGUGUUAUCGAUGGCAAUAUUUAGCUAACCUCAGAGGUGUUUGAUGACCAUUUUGCCUUUCGACUUUGUGCCGGGCCCAACUCUGCAUUUGUCAUCUAUAUUUAUUGAAUCUCUAUUUCAUACUCAAUCCCGAGUUCAGCUUUAGCUUUUUUUUGUUGUUGUUGUUGUUGUUGUUGUUGUUGUUGUGGAAAUCUUCCUAAAGGUAACGGAGGUAAAACGUAGGCACUGGACCUCAAAAGGUUACCGAUGCCAGCUGCUUUAGAUAGGGUACAGAUACAUGCACGUUUCAUGCUGUGAGAAAUUAUUGAGUAUUCUAGGAAUCACUUUGCCAAGAACGGUUCCUAUUGAACACAAAAGACUAGCCGACAUUCCUCAUAUCCCGUGUCAUCUUUACACACACACACAUAUUACAUGCAUACAUAUACACAUACAACACCCCGCCCCGCCCUGCACCCUUUACUGGCGAGACCCCUUUUACUGGAGUGAGAAAUCUUACACUGGACCUCUGCCUUAGAUAUUAUUUUUAAAAUAUCAAUCUGGUCCUAACCCACAGCUGUAACGUUAAGUUCAGAUAUUUUCCUGGCUGAGGCAAGCAUGCGGAAGAAGGAUGGAAAUUACUGUGACGCAAAAUAUUCAGCUGCGACUUCAGUACUUGAGAGGCUGCAGAAGUAUCUCUAGGGCUCUGUGCUGCCCUGUUCUUCACAAGUGGAAGCCUCCUUUUAUAAUAAUAAUUUAUAACAUUCAUCAAGCACAUAUUUGCUAAGCUCUUGGGUAGACAUAAAGCUAUCCAAUCUGAGACAAUCCUACACAGGUUUCACAGUCUUCCCAUUUUACAGACGAGGAAGGAAACAAAUCUAGAGAGGUUAGGUGGCGUGCCCAAUCGUCACCCAGCAGAUCAGUGGGAGAGCUAGGACUUGAACCCAGGUCUCUUGACAUCCAGCCCUGUGCUCUUUCCAUUAGGACACACGUAGCUAUGUAGUCUACAUUCAGAAACUUAAGGACAAAACUGGGUGGACUAAGCAACCACACUUCAGGAAUAGAAGCAUCUUAUUCAUUUUGAGGUCUUUUCCCUCAUCCUGAGCUUUUCAAAUAAAGGUUUAAUGGUGGAUGCCACACCCAGUAUGAGACACCCACUGAGCUUUUACAAAUGAGCUUGCUUGUCUGGUAAGACCCAUAGAACAGGUUAAAUAUCUAAAUUAUGAUGUAAACUUAAUAAAAUGAGGCUUCUGGACUGCCAGUGUACCUUUUUGGGGAUCAGUAUUUUUUGAACACUAUAGGAAGGUGGAGUUCGAUGUUCCGAUUGAAAUAGCCAGAAAGAUUGGAAUGAUUUGGGAGAAAUAAUCUCAAAGAUUUUUUAAAAAAAAACCGCCUCUGAAUCCGAAAAGAGGGAAUUAGAGUCACGGCCACUUCCCUUAAAAUUGUUUUUAUCCGUUUGUUGUGGGGUCAGUGUGCUGGGCCUAUUUUUUCCUGAAACCAUCAAAUUGCAAUGUGACCUAAUGUUGUCCCGUUAAGCAAAGUUCAAAGUGAGAAAAGCAUUGGUCUUUAAGCAGAUUCCAAGAUUUUGGGCAACUUGAUCCUUGCCAACCUGAUUUUUUUGUGUCAAUCAUUAAAAAUUUACAGAUUGCCAGAUGCAUUUCAGAACAUGCGAACUGCUUCUCCUUAGGUCAAAAAGUCUUCACAUCCCUCUUGUAAGGUAUCCCUUUUGUCAGUGUUUUGAGACAAGCUCCUGCUCUAAAGACCUUUACCUGUAAAUCUGUAACUGGAAUGGAAACAUCUACAUUCUCAAUCCUUUCCUGCUGUAGACCAACUCUACUUGGAUUACUAGGGAUAACUUUGAACAUUAGUGGAAACGAAAAACAUAGCCUAAUUUUCUCUCCUAUAGAAAUUCUAUUUUAUUUAAAUAUAUAUUUUUACACUAGUUAGAAACCUGCUUUUUUGGCUGAGAAGUGUAUUGCAUGCUUGACCUUGCAGAAGCUGGGAUAGAUCAUAGUGUACUGAUUAAGGGAAUUAGGCUUAGUUUUAAAAGUGCGCAGUAACCUUAGUUUUGAUCUGAUCAGAUCACCUAGCUAAACUUCUGGGAAAAGGGUGAUUUCCAGAAAGGGAAAGACCAAAUAGUAAUUUGAAAGGCUAACCUAGUGAAAUGAGCAAUUACACAAGUACUUCAAAACUUAGCUAAAGGUACAGUUUGAGGAGGAAGAGCAUUUUUACACGGCAGACUAUUGCAAAAUCUUAACCGGACUAAAAGCAGUUUAUUUGUAGCAGUUGUGGAUUGUGAUUCAUGAAAUUUACAUUUUAACAAGAUACUUUCAGAAGCAGGGACUGUUGCUGCUUUUAGCAAGAUUGAAAUGGACCAUUUAACACACCCAAACUUCUUUGGACAGUGAAAUUGCAUUAAAAUAACCAAACUUUGAUAUGA